AUGACGAAGAUCAGCUGGAUUAGAAAGAAUUGGCUGCUCGUGGCUGGACUGUCCUUUGUUGGUGUCCACGCUGGGACCUAUCUUAUACAAAGAGCUGCAAAGUCCUCUGCUAAAUCGGGCAUGGAAAUGAAAUCAAAGGGCCUUGAUGAAUGAAGCUGUUUCUACAUUUGCCACAUUUCUCAACUAACAUAGCAAUUUGUUAAAUAUCAGAGAGGUCCUGCCCUCUCCCUACGCAUUGUCACGUUUUGACUGUAAAAGAAAAGACACGUGUUGUG